AUGCAACACGCCCCAUCGAAUAUCCUAGGAAAACCUGCAGAGUAUUGUGUGGUCAAGUUCCUAAGUCAUGACGUUGCACUGAGAGCAAAACAGUUGUUUAGUGCAGUGAUACUUGCUGGAAAACCCUUAGAAGUGAAGAGCCUUGAAAACUAUGCUGAAAAUUCAAGUGAGAAUGUCUCGCAGGCUGACAGACUAAUAUACCAUAAAGUGGAAAAGAUAGCUAUGAAAUGCAAAGUGAAUUUGAGUUUGAAGGAUGAAAUGUUGAUCCAGUACACUACUCAGGAAAGGCUAGAAAAUGAUGGAUUACCAAACCCCAGCAAAGGAGGUCGGUCAGACAACAAAGAGGAUGAUGAAAUCAGUUUGUCAAGUGUCAGUCUUUCAAGCCUCGAAGAUUCGGACGACGACAAAAUUGUAUCUAAGGGUACUGGAAGAAAAGUAUAUGGUAAAGGAAAAGCAGAUACAAAUGUGAAAGAUUGCCAAAAAGUAAAAGCUGCUGCCACCGGCACUUUAAGAGAGACCUGCUCAUCUUCCACAAGCAGAGCAGGUGGUCAAGGACUCCAUACAUUGAGCAAAGAUACGCGCAAGCCACAGAAAAAGAGUUCACUUUCCAGUAAAGGAACUAUGAAUGAUGAAACUUUUGUCAAGGUUUCAAAUCUUUCUGAUGUGGUUCCUUGGGAAAUUGUUGAUCGCCUACUUCAAGCCUGUGGGGCGCUGGACAAAGGGAAAUUUGAGGAGACUUCCAGCUGGAAUAAGUUCUUAUUGAAUUAUUUCCAAUUGCCUCUAGGUGCCAAAGUCUACCCAGUUUUUCCAACAUACAAAUCUGCAUUGCUAGCUGAGGGUCAGUUGAAAGGACUAAGGCUUUUGGAUAAAAUACUAAAUGUAAAGAUGAUGUGUAACACAUCAGGUAAGGAACCAGUGUUGAAGUUGGAUGAAGAAAUGAAAAUUCGCAACCACGCUCUUCUUGUACUUGGGGACUAUGAAAACAUCAUGGUGUCAGUUGCCAAAACAAUUGCUGAAUCAGGUUAG